AGUACUCGAUUGUAGACUCGCCAAUCAAGUCACUGUUUAAAGUCUUUGUUUAAAAAAAAAAAUACAAAUUAUUAUUCAACUAAUAAAACGUCAUAAUUAAAAUACAUAAAGUAAAUUAUAUUUUACUAUUGCCAAGUGUCUGGAUAUAACAUCUCAAUAUGAUAAUACUUAAAAAGUGAUUACUCGUGAAACAAAAUUAUUACUGUGAAAUAUUAUAUUUAAAUAUUAAAUCGAAAACUGUGUUAUAUCAGUGUUAAUAAUUUUUUACAAGUGAAGAUUGAUACAAAUUAUCAAAGUGGGUUAUUUUACAAUAUUUGGGUCCAUUGGGCCCAAAAAUAAAUAAAGGAUUUAACAAUCGAAAUUUUCAUUUUCGAAAAAAAUUAAAAAUAUAAUAAAUUUAUAAUUGUUUUUAAAAUGGUAAACGACGUAAUGAGUGAGUACGAACGAAUAAAACGUUCGUGCUUAAAACGUGGUGAAUUGUGGGAAGAUCCAGAAUUUCCGGCAACACAAGCAUCAGUUUUUUAUCAUCAAACACCACCCUUUCAAUUUCAAUGGAAACGACCAAAAGAACUUUGUAAUCGACCUAUUUUUGUCAGCGACACACCAACACAAUUUGAUGUAAUACCUGGAAAAAUGGGUGAUAAAUGGCUUGUAUCUUGUUUGGGUGUACUUCAUUUGAGCAAAGGAUUAUUUUAUCGUGUUGUACCAGCUGAUCAGGGUUUUGGAUCAACUGGUGAAUCAUCUGAAAUACCAACAAAUGAUUAUACUGGUGUAUUUCGUUUUCGUCUUUGGUGGUGUGGCUCAUGGGUCGAGGUACUUGUUGACGAUCGUCUUCCUGCUGUUCAUGGCAGACUUGCAUUUGUACAAAGUCGUCAUAGUGAUCAAUUUUGGCCUGCUCUACUUGAAAAAGCAUAUGCAAAAUUGCAUGGAUCAUAUGAGGCAUUAAAAUACGGUACAUUGCUUGAUGGUUUGUCUGACUUGACAGGUGGUAUAACCGAGAGUAUUGCAAUACGUCAAGAUCCAACAGCUUGUGGUAGAGCUCUGACAAAAUUACUUGACAUGACCUCACUCAUUACCUGUACUGUCAACAACAAUAAUAACAAUAAUAAUAAUAAUAACACACAUCAACAACAACAACAGCAACAACAACAAAUACGUUCAACAACUGAAAAAUUAGCAAAUGGUAUUCAAAUGGGAAUAAAUUAUCGUCUCUAUGCAAUUGAAAGGGUGGAAACAUUCAGUGGUGAGGCUGUACAGUUGGUUAAAUUGAGAAAUCCAUUGGGACCAGGUGGUGAAUAUAUUGGAGCAUGGGCAAGAGGUAGUCUUGAAUGGGAUGAAGUACCAGUUAUCGAAAGAGACAGAUUAGCUGUUAGAAAUAUGGCAGAAGGAGAAUUUUGGAUAUCAUACUCGGAUUUUAUAAAAACAUUUACACAUUUAGAAGUUGUUCAUCUUGAUGCUGAGACUUCGAGAGAUGAGCCUUCAUUACACAGUAAACAUACAUGGCAAAUGAAAUUGUAUCAGGGCAGUUGGAGACGAGGUGUUACUGCUGGUGGAUGUAGAAAUAAUCAAGAUACUUUUCAUAUUAAUCCACAGCUUCACUUGAUACUGAGUGAUAUGGAAGAAAUAAUUGUGUCUUUAAAUCAGCACUCAAUAAUGGAACCAAAAGUCAUUGGAUUUACAGCAUAUACAUUGCCAAAAAAUAAUACUGAAACAAUUGAUCGUCAAUUUUUUAAGAAAAAUAAAUCACUUGUUAAUUCACAAUAUACAAAUAGUCGACAAGUAAGUCAUAGAUGUUUAUUAGAACAAGGUGGUUAUCUUUUAAUUCCAACGACAUUUGAACCUGGGCAAGAAACAAAUUUUACACUUCGUGUUUACAGUAGUAAACCUCUUAAAUUAAAAUUAUUGGAUACACCACCAACGUUAGUUAAAUCUGCAAUAAUAAAAGCACCAGCAUUAGAAGGAAAAGGUUUUUCUCAAUAUGAAGCUGUUUUUCUUCAACUUGCUGAUGAACAUAAGACAGUUAAUGCAUUUGAACUUCAAGAAUUACUUGAAGCUUGUCUUCCAAAUGAUUAUAUUAAAAGCUGUGCUUCUAUGGAAGCUUGUCGUCAAGUAGUUCUCACAAUGGAUAGUUCUGGUAAUGGGAGGCUUGAGUUUAAUGACUUCAAGGAUCUCAUGUGCAGCCUCAAGUACUGGCAAGCAGCCUUUAAAAAUCAUACAAAAGAAAGGACUGGUAUUCUCAAGGCUGAAAGAUUACGCGAUGCUUUACUUGAAGUUGGUUUUCAGCUGAAUACAGAAGUUUUGGCUGUUUUAAUAUUGAGAUACAUGAGAAAAGAUGGUACACUUAGAUUUGGUGAUUUUGUCUCUGCAAUAUUACAUCUUAGUGAUGCUUUUGCUAUUUUUGAGGGCAAGGAUCCACUGCAAAAUGGUAGCAUAAAAUUAACAUUGUCAGAGUGGCUACGAUCAGCUUUGAUGUGUUGAUUUAUAUUCAUCUAUAAAUUGUAAAUAGUUUUUAAUUAUUAUCAAAAAGAAAUAUCUAUAAAAAAAAUUAUGAAAGCCAUAUUGAAUAAUCAACAAUCUUUUCUUUAUCUUUUAUUGUAUAAUUUAAAAGUGAUUGUUUUUCUUUUUUUUUCUUUCAACUUGUUGAUUAAUUUUUUAUUUCUAUCAUUAAUUUUUAAAUUAUUGUAAAAAGUAUAAUAAAGUUUAAUAAAGUAUAA